UUCCUUCCAGGCAGUUAAAGUCUUCGAUCGUCUGCUCUGGAGAAGAUAAAAAAUCUUCUGGAGAAAUUAAAUAAUGAACUCUAAAAAAAGAUUUUUGCCACAUCUAGAAAAUCACUUCGAUGACUCUCUAAUAUGGUGUUCAUCCAUUAGACUUAAUGCUUUAUCAGUCAUUCUUAUUUUUGAUCAAACUUGCAUCCUUCAUCCAGUCUGCUUAAGUAAUAUUGGAUAAUAUGAUGCUUCAAAAAUCCACAGCGACCACCAACAAAUUUCUUGGAUUAUCGCAAUUUUUGCGGUUAAAUUGAAACACUGAAAAGGGAAGAACUGGAGGGAAAUUUUUGGGGAGCAAAAUGUUGCAAACUUGAAAAUAGUCGCCUACAACUGACAAAAUCGAGUUAAAAACGUCCUAAAUUCAAAUAAUAAAUUUUCCUUAGCACUACCAGUUUACGGGUAUUCGCUGAAUAUAGCGGAAAAACGCGCAUGUUUGGGUCACACAGCGUAAUCAAUUUCAUUAUAAAUUUCUCCAUAUAACCCUAUAGUUUUUCUUGUACCUUGAAUGCAUCAAGUAUAUUAAUUCAGCCGACACCUUUGGGCUCCUAGUUAAUUUUUCUAUAUACUUGGCCUAUAAUAAGUUCGGAACACUCUAUAUAUAGUCGGAUUUCUGCUUAUAUGCAGUUAUUAUCGAGGUCAAGAGUAACCUUGGCCGUGGCAAUGAUUUUCAACAACAAUUUCAUCUGAAUAAUUAUCAGAAAAGCCAACAAUAUUACCGAUAAUGUUGUGUAUUUAUUUGCCUAUUAUCAGAAAAGCCAAUUAGAGUUCAAAUUACAACGUAUUAUAUGCAACUCAAAAAUUGCUUUAAGACGCAAAAAAAAUAUUUAUGCCAGAAGCACCCUUAUAAAGAACAGAAUAAUCAGUGCAAAUUCAACUGCUGUCAAGAGACAUCCUGUAUAUUAUUUUGCAUAUAGGUUCUCUAUCAAUCACACCCAGUAGACGUGUUUCUGAAAAACAAGGAAAAAAAUUUCAAAAAUAUUAUUGCGACAUUUGCUGGUGUUAUCAAUUACGCGACCUAAUAAAUUUCACAAAAAAAUAACUAAACACCGUGUAAAGCCGCAGAAAUGAGGCGUGGCUAGUGCUCUCUAGUUACCUCAUAAUACAUACGAAACACGAUAAGGAAGCAUUUCAACAUUAUUAAAUUAACGUAAAGGUUUUCGUCAUCACCCCGCCGCUUUAUAAGUGAACGUCCGAAGGAAACUUUUAGCGAGAAAGCUGUCCUAUAUAUUUUCUCCUUAAUAUGGCUCAAGUAUUAACAAAUAAUUUACUAAUUAGUUCUGAGUUAGUAACUGAAAACGGUGUUCAAGUGCAACAGGAAGAAAAAGUGUUCAGUUUGGAGGAAGUGUCGUGGCACGACACCAGAAACGAUUGCUGGGUCGUUAUUUACGAUAGGGUCUAUGAUAUUACUAAUUUUAUUGAAGAGCAUCCGGGCGGAAGUGAUAUUCUGUUAGAGCACGCGGGAAGGGACGGAAGUAUCGCCUUCAAAGGAAGCGGUCACAGUGACCACGCCCUGCGUACCUUGGAUAAGUACUUUAUCGGGGAAUUACCUAAAAACGAGCGGAUAUUCAGGAAGUCCGGGGGGUUAUUUCGACUUAGUGGAGUACCCCGAUAAUUAUAUUGAACCCUAUAUGGAUUACAGGCUUUAUUUUAUAGUGUAGGCUAAGUUUAUACAGAUAUUAAGGUCCUCAAGAACUAUGUAGUCAAUAAUUGUGGAAUGGAAAUAUUUUUGUCAGGACAAAUUAUAAGAUUUUGACGUCAUUUGACUGAGGUAUACUAGGACGACAUUAUAUAAUAAUGCUAAGAUUUUCACGUAGAAACUAAUAUGAUUGUAACAAUAUAUAAUGUGUCUUAAUAUACUUACAUCUACUACCGGUAUAACCGGAUAUUUCAAUAUUUUUCUGUAUUGCAUCGACUCAAUUCCCGGAGGACCACUCUGUAGGUUUUAACAGUAUUUUUACCGUCUAUAGAUUACAACAAGUUGUAAUUUAUAGACGGUGGUAUUUUUUACAGUGGCAUUUUAGCGUUUCAGAAGAGUAUUUUUUAUGUAUUUAAAUAAAAUAAAUUAACAUUUA